AUGACUUCCUUCGUGGCAUUGUUCCUGGCUGCAACCCUAUCGCUAUGGCUCUGGCCGUGGACGACUUCUGCCGCCGGGUGCUCGAGCGAUCCUACUCGCUUUACCUUGAGCGAUCUACCAUACAUUAACUACUUCUAUUCGGACUGCCAUAGCGCCGCGCAAGUCAUUGUGAGGAGCCCGUUGCCGGGCAGCUUGCUGGACAUUGUUACCCCGCGCCUGCUUAUCGCGUGGCCUGCUGGAAACAGCGGUCUGGCUGCUUUUUUUGAGCCUCAGAAUGGUGUCAAGGGCUCGCUGGCUGUGUCUCUCGUCAAUUCGUCAACCACGGGAAACGCCCUGGAACCCAUCUACGAACCCACCGGCGAUGACCCAAUUGUGGGCGUCUCGGGGCAGAUCUCGUUCAACACCUCGGCGAAACUGACCGUCCCUAUUCUGGGCAGUGUCCGCACCCUGCGCGGGUACACCGAGGGCGGAUGGCUUGAUUCCAACAUCCAAAACACCCUGCGCUUCUCUGAUUACGGCGACGGGAGCGUCACGGUGGAUCGUCCCUGGUUCGAUAAUGUGACGACCAUGACGCUGUCCUUCUCCCCAAGCAGCAAGGGAAGCUCGGCCAGCCUGAGCGACCGCAUCGUCGAGUUCACUGCAGGGACCUACGUCUUCAAUGCCUCGUUCAACUACCCGCAGCUGACGCAGCUGCAGCCGUCCCAGGUGCUCACGGACUCUGCCCAUGACCUCAUCGCAGACUCUCCAGACCAGACCAAGUCGCUCUCGUUCCUGUCCUACAGCGACAAGCUCUUGGCGGGCGCGUGGCGCUUCCUCACCUAUUUUGGCCGAGACAGUAUGAUCUCCAUGCUUCUUCUCAAGGACAUCCUGAGCGCUGGCGAGGGAAGCGCGUUCGAAGCCGGAGUCAUCGCACUGUUGGAGCGGAUUGACAAGAGUGACGGGAGCGUUGCCCACGAGGAGACCAUUGGCGACUAUGCUACAUACCUGAACAAACAAGCCGGACUGAUCUCCACCGCACCACUUUACGACUAUAAGAUGGUUGACACGGACUUCUUCCUCCCCGUCCUUUUGGCAGAAUACUUCAUCAACAACCCCGUUGGAAAGAACAGGGUCAAGGCGGUGCUCGACCAAGUCACGGCUCACGCUGAGGGAGAGAGCGGUACAAGCUACCGGGCGCUUGCGACGCUCAACGCAGACAAGAUUCUCCGCACAACGGCACCCUUUGCGGCCAAGAACGGUCAGGUGAAGGAAAACCUCAUCCGCCUUAAGGAUGGAGAGUCAGUGGGCGAGUGGCGAGACAGCUCGACCGGCCUCGGCGGCGGUCGGAUCCCGUACGAUGUCAACACUGCCCUUGCACCGGCUGGUCUCUAUGCCAUCGCUACCCUAGCCGAUGCAGGCUUCUUCCCUGACCACCCGACUUGGGCGGAUGACGCCCGAAAGGCGGCCAAAAUCUGGGAGGAUAAAACGCUCGAGUUCUUCGAGGUGUCCAUCCCACGGGAUGACGCUCGCUCGCUCGUGGACGACUACGUCUCAUCAAACAACUUCCCGUUCCCGUCAGAGAAGGGCAGCAUCACGGGGGAUGUUCACUUCUACGGGUUGGCGCUGGAUGGCAGCAACAACCAGCCCAUAGUCAAGAUCAUGAACAGCGAUGACUGCUUCCGUCACUUCCUCUUGAACUCGACUGACGAGGCCCAGCUCACUGCGUUUGUCAGCCAGACAGCGGAUAACAUUCUGGCACCCUUCCCCGUAGGGCUGACAACGGACGCCGGGCUUUUGGUCUCGAACCCCGCGUACACCAUAUCCACGGCAGGAUUCGGCAGGGCCGAUUAUCAUGGGACUGUGGUGUGGGGGUGGCAGCUAUCGAUGAUGGCCAAGGGCCUCGAGCACCAGCUCGGUCGAUGCGACGCCAGCUCGCCACCAGAGUUCUGCCAAGACAGCUCCGUGCACAUCAAGGUGAUCAACGCAUACAACAGGCUGUGGGACGUGAUUGAGGAGAACACCGCGGUGCUGAGCAAUGAGCUGUGGACGUGGAAGUACGAGGACGGGCGGUUCGACUCGAUCCCGCUGGGCGAGCUGAGCUCGACGGAGAGCAACAUCAGCCAGCUGUGGAGCUUGACGUUCCUGGCCGUGAGGAGGAACGAGGGAUACAGGAAUAAAGCGGAGACGUUGAGCGGUCGGAAGGGAUUAUAUGUUCAGGACUAG